AAGACUUUGAGUGUGUUGCCUUCGGUGCAGUGCGACCUCCUUCCUUCCUUCCUUCCUUUCUUCCUUCUGAGCAGAAACCUGAGCAGGUGACGAUGCGGUGCCUCCUUUGGCCGUUUGCCCUCCUGGGAGUGCUUUGCAGCAGUGGUCCGGCGAGCGCGCUAGAGAUCAGCAUGAACAGCAGCCACUACUACGCCGCCAGGGGGUCAGAUGUCAAGCUGGCCUGCCCGUACACUCACACCGUGACCACCACGCAGUACACGGAGAUCAUGUGGAGUAUUGUGUCCGGAACAGAAGAGAGGGACAUCAUUUGGUUCACCGACGGCCACUUGUAUACUGAUCUGGACAAAGCACUGGAGGGCAGGGUCCACUUCACAUUGUCCGAUCCCCACAACGGAGACGCUUCCAUCAUCAUCAGAGACCUUCGUCUCUCAGACUCCGGGAAGUACCGGUGCUUCGUGAAGAAGUUACCGGAACUGGACCUUAAAAGCGUGGAGCUGACGGUCAUGGAGGCGCCCGGUCAGCCUCAGUGCAGUGUGGACGGGGAACUUACGGGAGGCUACGGGGUGACGCUGAAAUGCAAAUCCUCGCACGGCAGCCACCCUCUGAGGUACACCUGGGCCAAGACCAGCGGAAACCAGGUCUUGCCUGCUAAUGCCGUCGUUGACACCGUGGGAGGCACCUUGCGUGUGGACAACACCGGCGAGCGGGACUGCGGGAACUAUCGCUGCACGGCGGACAGCAUGGUGGACACCAAACACUGCGAGCUUGUCCUCAAGUGUCCGCCGCUGUCCCAACCACACACUGACGUCGACAGUCCGCUGUUGCUUUCGACCACCGCAGUCGCCUCCAUUGCUAUCGUCGUCACCAUCAGCGUGGUCAGCCUUGUCGCCAUCGCCGCUGCCUUCUACUGGCGCCGAAAAAAGAAGACAUUACUGGAACCCAGCAACACAAUAGCUAUAUAAUAGAUGCUCUUCCCUUUUGUUCCAAGCAUAAAGAUAUCUGUUGUAUUUUGGACUUUUUAGUCUUUUAUUGGGCGGCACGUUGGACGACUGGUUAGAGCGUCAGCCUCACAGUUCUGAGGACCCGGGUUCAAUCCCCAGCCCCGCCUGUGUGGAGUUUGUAUGUUCUCCCCGUGCCUGCGUGGGUUUCCUCCCACAUCCCAAAAACAGGCAUUAAUUGGAGAGACUAUAUUGCCCGUAGGUGUGACUGAGAGUGCGAAUGGUUGGUUGGUUGUAUGUGCCCUGCGAUUGGCUGGCAACCAGUUCAGGGUGUACCCUGCCCGAUGAUAGCUGGGAUAGGCUCCAGCACGCCCGCAACCCUAGUGAGGAGAAGCGGCUCAGAAAAUGGAUGGGAUGGAUAGUCUUUAUUGUAAAUGUUUUAAUAAAGGCUAGAAAAUUGAAAGGCUGUGUUGUUCUUGUUUUAUGAAAGAUGCAUUGUUCAGAACUUUAUAAGAACUUAUCUUAAAUGUUGUUUCAUGUUGUCUUGAGUUUUUGACUACAUCAUUUUAAUUUGCAUGUUACUUUUCACAAGUGCAGAAUCUUUUAAACUAUUUUAUUUCCACUUUUUUUGUCUUUAUGCACUUGUAU